AACCAGCCCUAGCCCCUAGAACAUCUCAAAUCUAUCUCGCUCUCCCUAGGAAGGUCCUGCAACCCCGCCGCCCUCUGCUCCCGCGGCCAUGGCACCAAGAUUAGUGGUCACAUAGUUCGUCUUCCUGCGACGGCUCAAUUCGCGGAGGCGCGGCAUGGCGACUCCGUCGCUGCCGACGCAGAUUGUGGAGUUCAAUUACAAGGCGAUAGAGGACAAGCUCAAGAGACUGGCUCUCGAAGUGAGCCACCAUGAGAACAACAUUAGGUUCCUCAAAUCCCAACUCAAUACUGUUGAAGAGGCGUGCGUCGACCUGGGAAUUAAACUUGGGAAUUACCAUUCAUCCGUGGCCGCUGUUGUAAAUAAUGAUACUUCUGCUCAAGAGGCUGAACAGCGCACUAUUCGAAGUAUACUUGAUCAGGGCAAGACAGCAGCUGGGAUUAUAUGCCAACUGAAAGUCCGUCAUCAUGAGCUAGCAUCUAAGAUGCCACUGAUGAAAGAUAUACUUGGUUUUGUGGCUACAUUGGGAAAAGUAAAUAAUGAUAACCUCAGCAGGCUUCUCACAGAGUACUUGGGAAUGGAUAAUAUGCUUGCUCUUGUUUGCAAGACUUAUGAUGGUGUUAAGGGUCUUGAGAAAUACGACAAGGAUGGCAUCAUUGAUAACACCAGUGGCAUUCAUGGACUUGGUCGCUCUGUUGGAAAAUUUCUGGAUGGAAGAUUUACUGUCUUUUGUCUUGAAAACUUGAGGCCAUUUUCCGGUGAUGUUAUCAUUGACGAUCCACAAAGAAAGCUUAUUUUACAUAGACCAAGGUUGCCUGGAGGGGAGUCGCCUCCUGGUUUUCUGGAUUUUGCAGUAAAUAUGAUCCACCUGGACCGAGCACACUUGAGGUUCCUCACAGCCAGUGGCCAUGGUCUUAGGGAAACUUUGUUUUAUACUUUGUUUUCCCAUUUACAAGUUUAUAAGACUAGAACUGACAUUCAAAGUGCCCUUCCUCUGAUAAAAGAUGGUGCUGUUUCUCUAGAUGGUGGUCUACUGAGACCCAAUGGCUCAUUCUGCCUUGGCCAUAGCAAGAAUCUUGAAGUGAAAUUUCCUGUAACCACUGAUGUUUCAAGUUUACCUGAAAAUGUCGCUGAAAUGGAGGAACAAGUUAAACGUAAGAAUUGGGAGAAGGAAAUGGUUCUUGAAGAUAUGAAAAGGGAGGAAGAUCUGCUGAAACAAGUUAAGGAAUUAUACAGGAAGCAGAAGCAAGAGCUCAUGGAUUAUGUCACUCAACCAGCAGUGACACAGAUGUCACGUGAUUCGCCAGCAACUCAUUCACCCGCGACUCCUGGGAGCAAUCCGUUUGGAGCCAAGCUCUCCAACAAGUGGCGAUAACAUUUUGGUGGCGUACAUCCCUAUUUUGUUGGGGCUUAUUGCCUGCUCGGGCAUCAGCACAAAGUAACUAGCUUUUGCCACAAGCUUGGUGUUAGUUUGUGAGGGUGAUAGGCCAGUGAAAUUGUUCUGCUGCUUAGCAUAGUUGGAUGCCAAUUGAUGUAUAGGGUUAGAAUGCUUUUUAGCUUUUCCUAUGCUAAUCAAAUUGCCAACUGCUAAUCUUGAUUCUUGGCUGUUGAUAGCACAAACAAAUUGGAAGC